GCGGAGUCAGAGCAGGAGGACGGGCAGACGCUUUUGGCAAAACACGCAGGAGGAAAACGUGAAAUCAUCGGAUACGCUCCUGGAAACAGCGACUUUCAGGCGGUUAAAGCCGAGCUGCAGACCAGGCGAAAGCCGCGUCGGUUUAUUUUGGGCCGGCGGGCUGAUCCCGGACUGUGUGUGCGCGUGUUUUCGCUUGGACACACACACACACACGCGCGCGCGCACGCAGUCACACAGGUUGCUAGCGGAGUUAGCCGCGUUUGCUAGCUCGCUGCGGUUAGCUGAGCUUUCCGUCCGCUGGGAGUGAGAGCAGAGCGGGGUUAAAGUUUGAAAACAGUGCGGGACGUUUUCCAGACAGCCAGCUGCGGGUUCAGGCAGGAUGUGCGGGUUUUUCGGACGUUUAUCAAGUUGGCCGGCUGGUAGCAUCGGCUGACCGGAGCGCAGCGUUAGUCCCUCGGACUGGACUCCCGAGUUUUCCCCCCUCUUCCUUAAACUGCUUUUUUUAAAAAAGCGGACUUUGCCCUCGGGGCGUUGUAACGCACCUCCCCGUAUUAAAUAAAAGCUUCCAUUGAUUCUUCUCUGGAGUUUCUCAAAACUUGGCUGGAAGUUAUUUUUUUUCUUUUUGUCCAAGGAGGAGGAAAAAAAGUUGUUGGGAAGUUGAGGAGGAUUUUUCCAAGCCUGUGGAAAAAUGGAUGCGGGUAUAGAGAAGGAAUGCAGCGCCUUGGGAGGGCUCUUCCAGCUCAUCAUGAACGAUAUGAAGGCCAGUUAUCCUACAUGGGAGGACUUUGUAACCAAAGGAGCUAAACUGCAGUCGCAGCUCAGGACGACCAUCGCGGUGACCGGAGCGUUCCUGGAUGCUUUUCAGAAGGUGGCAGACAUGGCGACCGGAACCAGAGGUGCCACCAAAGAGAUCGGCUCAGCGCUAACCAGGAUGUGUAUGAGGCACCGCAGCAUCGAAUCCAAGCUGAAGCUGUUUACCACAGCCCUCUCAGAAAGUCUCAUCACACCACUGGAGCUGAAAAUGGAGGAGUGGAAGAAAGUGGCCAGACAGCUGGAUAAAGACCACGCCAAAGAGUACAAGAAGGCCAGAGCUGACAUCAAGAAGAAAUCUUCAGACACCAUCAAGCUGCAGAAGAAGGUGAAGAAAGGGAAGGAUGAAGCUCGGGGACAGCUGGACAGCGCGCUGCAGGACGUCAAUGUGCGUUACGCUGUCCUGGAGGAGACCGAGAAGCGAGCUGUGUGCAGAGCGCUGAUAGAGGAAAGAGCUCGAUACUGCAGUUUCGUCAGCAUGCUGAAGCCUGUGCUGGACCAUGAGAUCAACAUGCUGGGUGAGGUGACACACCUGCAGACCAUUCUGGAGGAUCUGACAAAUUUGACAGCUGAACCCAACAAACUCCCACCGGCCAGCGAGCAGGUGAUUCUGGACCUUAAAGGCUCUGAUUUCAACUACACCUAUCAGACACCUCCAGCUUCUCCCAGUAACACUCUGUCCAGGAAGAGCAGCAUCAGCAGCUACCAGUCAGGAUCAGUGAGACAUGUUCCCUCCUUGGACUCCAUCAGCUGUGCUGUGGAUGGACUACACAUGCAGCGCUGCUCGUCCCCCUAUCUGCUCGCCGGCUGCGAUGAAAGCGGCCGAUCUCUCAGCGAAGGGAACUCCCCCUCUCGCCUCGGCCGUCACGGCAGCCGUGGUCGCUAUGGUUACGCAGCAGGCCAUGGCCACCACCCCGCUCAGAGUCGCCGCUUUAGCCGCAGGGAUUUGAAAACCAAUUCUGUUGGCUCCACCAAUCAGCUGGCGUCUGGGGGAAGCGGAGGGGCGGAGAACGGCCUGUUGGCCCCCCCACACAAUGCCUACACACACGGGGAGCGAGUUCGAGCCAUGUCUGCAUCUGGAAAGCCUUCCUUCGGCCAGGAUCAGCUGGCGUUGACCCUGGGCGCGCUGAAUUCGGACGCCCAGAGAAGCAGCAGAGACUCUCUGCACUGUUCCAGCGGCUACAGCACCCAGACCACCACGCCGUCCUGCUCCGAGGACACCAUACACACCCACACUGUAAAGAGAGAUCCUCCCCUCUAUGUCGACUACGAGUCCAUCUCCCUCCACGGAGAUGCCGACUCCAUCUUACAUCACCUCUCCCACGGCAGCAGCCAGUCAGAUUUCGACAAGUCGUCGACCAUCCCGAGAAACUCCGACCUCAGAUUCCAGUACCGGGAGUUCAGUCAGUCCAAACGCCCGCCCUACGUCAGCCUGCUGGCUGAGUACGACUUGAGCGGCGGGUCCAUCCGGCCGAUGCCGUCCCACACGGCGACCAUCAGGCGCAAACCUUCAACCAAGCCGGGUUAUCGCAGAGGCACAAUCAGUGGCGGGGUUCCCAUCCCAUCUGCACCCACAGGUUCCUCUCAAAGCGUCGGAGGAACCAGCGGGAGCAAUGAGAACGUUUUCAAAGUGCCCUCGUCUGGAGGGGGAGGUUUAGGUCACAGUAAACUCUGCACCUCCCCCAGAGCCUCAGCGCUUUACCACCCCCCUCCUCCUCCGUACUGCCAGUUGGUCCCAGGUCAGCUGCCCAUCCCUGUGCCCGUACCCACUGUACCCUCCCUGCUGUCAGAGGGAGGGAACAACAUCAAACAGCAGCAACAGAGACAAUACCAGCAACCUCAGCAGCACACGCAACUACAGCAGCAGCAGUACAACCAGCAACUCCAGAUUCAGCAACAGCAGCAACAAUGGCAACAUCAGCAACAAUGGCAACAGCAGCAACAGCAAUGGCAACUUCAACAUCAGCAGCAGCAGCAUCAGCAACAGUUCCAGCAGCCCCAGCAGCUGCAGCACCACAGGAUCAGUAUCAGCAGCAGGACUGCAUCACAGCUGAACCAGCUGCAGAAACAGAAGCUGUUCCAGCAGCAGCACCAGGCCUACGCCGCUCCUGAGCCCCCCGCUGUGGCCAACAACAUCGCCUACCAGCCCCAGGCUCCUCCACCCUCCAGCCAGACCAGAACCCUGAGGAGUGGCGCCCAGGAAGGAGGAGGAAGCAGCGGAGACAUGCCCCUUAUUAGAGGAGUAAAGCUCAGAAGGACCAUCACCAACGAUCGCUCCGCCCCUUUGCUGCCCCCUCCAACCAAUCACAAAUGAGGUUGACCCAGAGAUUUUUAGUUCUCUGUUGAACUGUUAGUUUAGUCUGGUUCAGCACCCUAGUGACAGAUUUAUCGCUGGAACUAAACAUGCAUAGUUUGAUUAUUAAACUUCCUUUUAUGCCCUUUAAAUUUCUGUUUUGAACAUUUUUGAGCCUCUCGUGUUGCAGCCC